AUGGCUCUUAUUGACAAAUAUGACUAGAUUGUUGGAUCUGAUUUUAGUAGUAAAGUAAGGAUUGCUGUUUAAUCAAAUAAUGUAAACGGAUAAGAAAUAAUUUAUCCUCCAAUUUUUGAGGGAAGCAGUGAAUUCAAGGUGAAUGGUGGAAUUGCAGUAAUUAGUAACAUUAUAAUUACAGCCUAACCUGGAAAUAAUGUACUGAUAACAUUUUCUACUGACGGUAUUGAUUUAGAAAAAUCCUCAAACAUAAAAACUAUGGAAUAGAUAGGGAAGUAAAAUAUAGACUUCUAAAUAGAUUUGUAGUUAAGAUAAUGCAUUUUAGGGGAGUAAUUUACUGCUGUUGGGAAAUGUCUCAAAUGUUAAGAUAAUAGCUAUUCACUUAUAAAAAUGAUUGAACCUGGAUUUUGUGAAAAAUGUCCUACAAGCAAGGCGAAAUGCUUGGGUGGAGCGGAAAUCGGCCCUUUGCCUGGCUUUUGGAGAAAGAGUAAUACUACAAAGAGUAUCGAAAAAUGUUUUUACCAACCUGCUUGUCUUGGAAUGAUACCUCCUAUCAAUAAUCCAAUGGGAGAAUGUCUUUUUGGAUACAAAGGUAUACUUUGUGCUGAUUGUCAAACAGGCUAUUCAAGAGAUAUGAAUUUUUAAUGUAAAUAAUGCCCUAGUUAUUGGAUUAAUUCAGUGAGAUUAAUUUCAAUCUUAGUUGGAGUAAUUGUAUUGGUUGUAUUAAUGGUUAGAUCUACUCUAAAUGGAGCUAAAGAUACUAGUAAUCAUUGA